CGGUGUCAUGCCUUGGGCUUCAGGAGCUCUUCUGUGAUCUCCCAUGCGGAGGAGUAUGUCAGCUCUUGAAGAAGAGCAGGAUGGGAGCUUAGCGCCCGAAGAGAGCUAAAGGAGAUGAGGGAUCUGAUGAUGGAUGUCAAACCUCAAGCACCUCUAGAAAAGUUUUCCUGAAUCCCCGAACAUACCAAGUGUAUGCCCAACCUUCAUGAAAGCCAACAAAGAAACCAAGCGCCUUUUUGUGGGUGGCCUUGGCCAGGCCAUUUCGGAGACAGAUCUACAAAAUCAGUUCAGCAGAUUUGGAGAAGUUUCUGAUGUGGAGAUCAUCACACGGAAAGAUGACCAAGGAAACCCACAGAAAAUCUUUGCAUAUAUUAACAUCAAAGUAGCAGAAGCAGAUCUGAAAAAAUGUAUGUCUGUUUUAAAUAAAACAAAAUGGAAAGGUGGAACACUACAAAUUCAGCUAGCAAAAGAAAGCUUUUUGCACAGAUUGGCCCAAGAGAGAGAAGAAGUGAAAUCAAAAAAAGAAAAAUCAACAACAGGCAAUACCAAUGUGUCGGAAAAGAUGGGAGGGAUAGAUUUCCAAAUGAAAGCUGUGCCAGGAACAGAAGUACCAGGGCACAAAAAUUGGGUUGUAAGUAAGUUUGGAAGAGUCUUACCUGUUCUUCACCUGAAGAAUCAACAUAAACGUAAAAUCAUGAAAUAUGAUCCGUCAAAAUACUGCCACAACCUAAAGAAGAUAGGAGAAGAUUUUACAAAUACCACUCCUAUAACUAGCCUCACUUGGGAAUUGGAAGGAGGUAAUGACCCUAUGAGUAAGAAACGUCGAGGAGAGUUCUCUGACUUUCAUGGCCCUCCCAAGAAGACUAUAAAAGUACAAAAGUGCAAGGGUUCCACUGUGAGUCCAAGGACCAAUCUCGAAACAGAGAAUAAUAGCACAUCAACCCAGAAAAUGCCUUGCGCUUCUGUUAUUCCCAAAUCAUCCCCUGUACCUAAUUCUGGUUCUCAAAAACUUCAAAAUGUACCUUUUCAGACUUUUGGUUUGGAAACUGCCAGGAAGAGAAAUAGCAUGUCUGAUGAUGAUAUUGAUUCUGAGGAUGAAUUAAGAAUGCUGAUUGCAGAAGAGGAAAACUUACAGAGAAGUAAAUGGUCCUCAAUAAAUGAAUCUGAAAAUGAUCUUUUUGAAGUUGUAAGAGAUGAUUUCAAAUCAGAUGUUCACAAAUUUCAUUCUUUAGCAGGGCUAGGAGUUAAAAACAUCUCUCACUGUGUUAGUGACAGAAUUAUGGGAAGUGACCAUGAAUAUGAUUCAGGAGAUACAGAUGAAAUCAUUGCAAUGAAACAAAACAUUAGUAAGGUCAAAAAUAGUGCAGAGAUUUCACAAACAGAAAAACCUAUGCACAACAAAACUUUGAAAAAGAAAGAGAUUUUCAAUCAUUGUAAUAAAAUACAAAAAAGAGAAAACAAGAAAGAGUCAGCUGUCAGUAAUGGAGUGAAGCCUCUAAGUCAUAAAUCUUCAUCUGACUCCAGCAGCAGUGAUGAUGAAGACAGUGAAGGAGAUGAGGAGUAUAACGCCAUCAUGAAAAACUGUCCCCGUGUGAAUCUCACUUUAGCUGAUUUGGAACAGUUGGCUGGCAGUGAUCUGGUGGUACCAGAAGAUUCUGAGAGCGAUGGCCCAGAAACCAAGUUUGACAGAGCCUCCAAGAGCCCCAAGACACCCCGUGCCCUUGGCCGAAGCCGACAGUGCAUUCAUCCUGAGGAAAUUGUGGCUUCCCUUUUAGAGGAAGAGAAAACCUGUGACAAGCAGAAACCAAAGGAAAACAACUUAAAGCCCAAAUUCCAGGCAUUCAGGGGUGUAGGCUAUCUCUAUGGAAAGGAAUCAGUGAAAAAAACCUUGAAAGAGAGUGUGGACUCUAACAAUAUAAAUGAAGAUCAGAGUUCCUUAAAACUGGAGGAUUCCAGUAGCAUUUCCAUUGAAAAUGAGUCCCUACGUCUUAAUGGUUCAUCAAGCAAACUGACUUCACAGCAAUGUGCCAAGACAAUAAAUAGCCCAAAUCACACUCCACCUCAAAAAAGACAGUUCAGUUUUGAGACCCAAUAUCACAAGGUAGUUUCCCCUAGCAGUUCAAAAAAGGGAGCUAUAGAUUCUAUUUCUAGUCUGAUGCCAUUAAAAGGUAAAAAAUCCUUAAGUCUUAGUGCAAAGAUGCACAAAAUAGGCAUUGAUAAAGACAGUUGCCAUGGUACCAAAAAGACAGACGAAGCUUCUGAGGAAGAGGGUUCUGAUUCAAGCAGCCUCACUUCUCUUGAGAAAUUGCCAACCCUCUCUUCCAGAAAAGAUGCUCAGGAAAGCACAGCAGAUUUCUCACUUUCUGUUAGUAGUUCAGCAAGUGCGACUGGUAAGAAUAAGUAUGCUGAAGACAAUCAGAGACGUUUGGCAGCCUUGGAAGCAAGGCAGAAAGCAAAAGAAGUGAAGAAGAAACUGGUCCACGAUGCCCUAGCCAAUUUGGAUGGUCGUCCAGAGGAUAAGCCAACACACAUCAUCUUUGGUUCUGACAGUGAAGAUGAAACAGAAGAGACAAACACUCAGGAGCAAAGCCGUCCAGGAGAGGAGCUGGUGAAAGAAUCUGUGGGUAAAGCCUCCGGGCAGCUGUUUGGCAGCAGUGAUGAUGAGGAACUUGAUUCAGAGGAUGACAUUGACAGGUUCAAAAUUAAACYUCAAUUUGAGGGCAAAGCUGGACAGAAGCUCCUGGAUUUACAAUCGCACUUUGGCAAUGAUGACAGGUUCCGCUUGGACUCUCGAUUUCUGGAGAGUGACAGUGAAGAGGAACAGGAAGAGGUAAAUGAAAAGAAAACUGCUGAGGAAGAAGAGCUUGCUGCAGAAAAAAAGAAAGCCUUAAAUGUUGCACAAAGUGUUUUGCACAUCAGCUUGAACAAUCCUACAAGCAAAGGAUCAGUAGCUGCUAAGAAAUUUAAGGACAUCAUUCGUUAUGAUCCAACAAGGCAUGAUCAUGCCACUUAUGAAAGAAAAAAAGAUGAUAAACCAAAAGAAAGUAAAGCAAAGCGGAAAAAGAAAAGGGAGGAAGCGGAGAAGCUACCUGAGGUGUCUAAGGAAAUGUAUUACAACAUUGCUACGAAUUUGAAAGAAAUAUUCCAAAAUACAAAAGAUACCAGUGAAAAGGACGAAGGGACAGCCUGGAACCUGGACUGUGGUGGAGAUAAAACCGAGGAAAUUGAUAAUGCUACAGCUCUGACAAGUGGGACUGAGCAGCCCAGCGGGUUCAUGUUCUCCUUCUUUGAUUCAGACGUUAAAGAUGUAAAGGAAGAGACUUAUAAAGUUGAAGCAGUGAAAUCUGGGAAGACUAUCUGGAAGGGAAACCCUCAUUUCCAAGACAGCAGCAGUUCAGAAGAAGAAGAUGUUACUGAAGAAACGGAUCACAGAAAGUCCAGCCCUGGAGAAGCAUCAGUACCUGAAAAAGGGACCACUAGAUUUUUUUUUUUCUCUAGGAAUGAUGAAAGACUUCAUGGUUCUGACAUGUUUUGGUGUGGCGUGGGAAGUAAUGUUAGCACGAAUUCUUGGGAGGCCCGAACAAAUAGCUUACGUAUGGAUUGUCGAAAGAAACAUAAAGAAGCCAAAAGGAAAAUGAAAUCAAAAUAGUAAAUGUUGGCAUUGGUUUUGUUACUGAACGUGAACAAUACUGAAGGAAAUUGACCCAGAAAAUAGUUUUAGACAUCAAAGAAGAAAUUUCAAAGUGGAAGAAAAUUCAAAAUCUGGCUUGUUGAUUAUUAUUCUGGUUGCCACCUUUUUCUGUGGAAUUCCUCCAUAUUUCUUCUUAGGUGAUUACUUCAAAAAAUUAAACUGAGCUGGACACGAUGAUGUACAACUGAAGUCCCAGCACUCGGGAGGCUAAGGUGUGAAGGUCAUUUGAGCCUAGCAAUUUGAGACCAGUCUUGRCAACACUGAGAUCCUAUCUCAAAAAA